AUGGUAAUGAAUGCAACAACAACAGAAGAUGAAAUAAUUAUAUAUCCGAUGUCGAAUACGAGCAAUAUGAGUGACGUCGUUCCCAGAACUGUCACCAUGUCAGCUGAGCACCUCGAGCAUGAACGUUAUCUGCGAGUGAUUAUCUACUAUCUCGAUGGUUAUUCAACGCUCGUCGGUGUGCUGAUCGGUGUUCUUUUCAAUGCAUUUUCGAUGCUCAUUUUUCGCAGAAUGAAUCGUGGCAAAUUCUCACUUGCACACUAUUAUUUGUUGAUCUCUUUAAUUUGUCAAAUCGCACUUCUUCUCAACUGUUUUCUAAUAUAUUGCGUACCAACACUGAUCUACGGUGAUACCAAAAUAAGAGGAUUUUACUCGUAUGUUAUUCUGAUCGCGCAUGCGUUAUCUGGACCAUCUUAUAUUGCAACAACAUGGAUCGUAUUCGCACUGACAGUUGAACGUUAUUUUGCACUCCGUAAACCAUUCGAAUACAGACUACGGGCCAAAGCCAGUCGUGUGAAACGUGUCAUACUUGGUAUACUAAUAGCAGCAUUUAUAUUCUGUAUUCCACGUCUCUUCGAAUACAAAACAACAUCCGAAUGCAUUAGCGAUCAUGUGGAUUUAACAAUUAUUAAACAGAAUGUUACGACAAAUUGCUAUGUGACGCUGACAAGCACAGAAUUACUCGAGAACAAGACAUACUGGGCUGUAUACCAUGUGUGUUUGGUGUUGUGUUUCGUGACAUUGUUGCCGUCCGCUACGGUUUUCAUAUUAACAUUAAGAAUAUCAUGUUUCCUACAUCGAGCUAUCAAAGAACGUCAAGUUCUGAGUGGAUAUCCCGGCCAACCGCAAAGAGGACCCAGUCUAAAAGGUGAACGCGAAUCAAAUAUAAUGCUGAUUAUGGUCAUAAUUAAAUUUUCGCUAUCCGAUCCACUUCCAAUGGCUGAAACCGUAAUCGGCUCUGUUGCACCCGAGGAUUCUCCAGCUCAAGCUGCGCUUCUCGUGAGUGCGGCAAAUUUUUUGGUUAUCCUAUGUUCAUCGAUAAAUUUCUUCAUGUUUUUCGCAUCUGGUCAGCAUUUUCGAAGGGAAUGCCGAAGGAUCAUAUGUAGAAGUCAACAAGUGGCCAAUGAAUCGAACCGCUACAGCAUUGCGGAUACUUGGUACUGUCCAGUCGUCAGAAAGAAAGCACAGCUAACACUGGAGACAUGCCAAUGA